CAACGCAACCCUUUUCUCUUCCCCCCUGUCUCUCUCUCUCUCUCUUCUCUCUCUCUCUCUCUCUCUCUCUUUCUUGUUUUUUCUCUUUCUCUCGUUCUCGUUCUCGUUCGAUCGCUGUCGCUUCUUGGCGUAGUUUGGUUGCCCAAUCAUCGGCCCCUCUUUUUGUUGCUGCGACUGCGCCCGGAGGAGUAGGAGCAGUGAUCGGGAUCCUUUCUCCGGUUUCGCUAUAUGUUUCGGCGGAUUGGGGCUGAGCUUCUGGGCACGCGUCGCGGGGGAUUGCUGGGGUUCUUGUUCGAGAUGCUUUGAGGGAAAUUAGGGUUUCUUUAACGCAAAGACGAGUCAGUUUUCCUCUCGGUCACUUUUUUCUCUCUCUAAAUAUGUUUGUUUGAUGCUCAAGAAUUCGAGUUUGGUUGUUCUCUCUGGCCUCUUUGUAUCAUAGAGGAGCUGUAAUGGAACAAAAUUUGGAGAAUUCAGUUCCACUCCGUUCCUCAAAAUUUCAGUCAUUGACAACCUUGAUGAAGGCUGAAAAUGCUUGGGAUAUUCCAUCAAACUCCAUUGCACUUCAUGCAUCAAGUGAUGCUAGCCUUUUCUCAAGCUCAUUACCUGUCCUUCGUCAUGAGAAAUUGGACUUUGUGGAUUCUCUUCAAGGAGUUCAAUCAACUACUGAUGUAUCUUCUAAAUUUAGAAACUCAAGCAAUAAUGUUGAAGAAACUGUUUCUAUAGAUGAUAUAAACCCCCAAGCAAUUAUGGUCUCUUUACCUGACGACGAAGAAGCUCUCUUGUCUGGCAUAAUGGAUGAUUUUGACCCCAGUGGUUUGCCUAAUCAAAUUGAUGAAUUGGAUGAGUAUGAUCUCUUUGGAAGUGUUGGCGGCAUGGAAUUGGACGACCCUACAGAGAGUAUUACUCUUAACAUGACUAAGGCAACUAUCUCAGAUGGCUUUUUAAGCAAUGGGAUUAUUCAGUAUAGCCUUCCAAAUGGUAUUGGAACUGUUUCUGGAGAGCAUCCAUUUGGAGAGCAUCCUUCUAGAACUUUAUUUGUUCGAAAUAUCAACAGCAAUGUUGAAGACAGUGAGUUACAUUCUCUCUUUGAGCAAUAUGGGGACAUUCGUAGCCUUUAUACUGCAUGCAAAAACAGGGGAUUCGUGAUGAUAUCUUAUUAUGACAUACGAUCUGCUCGAAAUGCUAUGCGUGCGUUACAGAACAGGCCCUUAAGGAGGAGGAAGCUAGACAUCCAUUUUUCCAUACCAAAGGAUAACCCCUCAGACAAAGAUGUGAAUCAAGGAACUCUUGUGAUAUUUAAUUUGGAUCCUUCUGUUUCUAAUGAUGACCUAAGGCAUAUUUUUGGUGCAUAUGGGGAAGUUAAGGAGAUAAGGGAGACACCUCAUAAGAGGCAUCACAAGUUUAUCGAGUUCUAUGAUGUCAGAGCAGCUGAAGCUGCCCUUCGGUCAUUGAACAAGAGUGAUAUAGCUGGCAAGCGUAUAAAACUAGAACCUAGCCGUCCAGGUGGAGCUCGAAGGAAUUUAAUGCAACAAGUAACUCAUGAUUUGGAACAAGAUGAAAUCCGAAGUUACCGGCAUCAUGUGGGUUCACCUAUUAUUAAUUCACCUCCAGGUCCAUGGGCACAAUUCAGUAGUUCAAAUAAUGGCAGUCCACUACAAAUUUUUAGUAAAUCUCCUAGUGGGGGUGCAAUGAGUCCUAUUGGCAAUAAUCAUGUGGCUGGAUUAGCAUCUGUACUUUCCCCAAUUUUAUCAACUUCUGCUAAGAUUGCACCAAUUGGGAAGGACCAAAAUAAAGGUGGUCAUUCUACUCAGGCAAUCUAUGUUUCCAGCCAAUUACAUGGAGGUGGACACAAUAAUUCUCAUUCUUUGCCAGAUCACACCCAUGGAUUAUUGAACCCAAGUCCAGGGAAUUUAACAUCUUUUGGUUCAUCAACCCCAAAUGUUUCUGGGGUUGGAACUCUGACUGGUCCACAAUUUCUCUGGGGCAAUUCAUCUUCAUACAAGGAGAAUACACAUUCUUCUUCUUGGCAAUCUCAAACUAUUGGGAAUUCGUAUGUGCCAAAUGGACAAGGGCAAGGUCCAAGCUUCCCCUAUCAAGGCCGUGCUGGCUCAUUGCAUGGGUCAUCACACAGUCAGCAUUUGAAUCAUGUUGGAUCUGCUCCAUCUGUUCCUUUUGAGAAGCAAUAUGGCUUUAUUCCCAAGUUACCAGAGACAUCUUUCACUAACCAUGUUGCAUUUGGCAAUAUAGGAAUUAGCCGAAAUGAUGCAAGUUUUAUGAAUAUAAGUCCUCGGGUGACAAUGAAUCAAGGCAUGAUGCCAGGAAAUAUGCCAGAUAAUAGUUCACCUAAUAUGAGAAUGCUGCCUGCACACAGAUUUGGGCCUCUGCUCUUUCACAAUGCUGCAUACCCUGGUCUAACAUCCAUUGGCUUUGAUAGUUUUGCUGAUUGGAGUCGUAGCCGACGAAUGGACAACCAAGGGAAUCAAGUAGAUAAUAAUAAGCAGUAUCAACUUGACUUGGACAAAAUUAUUAAAGGGGAAGAUACUCGAACUACAAUUAUGAUAAAGAAUAUUCCAAAUAAGUAUACCUCGAAGAUGCUUUUGGGUGCAAUAGAUGAAACUCAUAAAGGCACUUAUGAUUUUUUGUAUUUGCCAAUUGAUUUCAAGAAUAAAUGCAAUGUAGGUUAUGCAUUUAUAAACAUGCUAUCUCCUGCAGGCAUAAUAUCCUUUUAUAAGGCAUUCAAUGGGAAGAAAUGGGAGAAGUUCAACAGUGAGAAGGUUGCUUCCCUAGCAUAUGCACGAAUCCAAGGUAGAGCAGCACUUGUUGCCCAUUUCCAGAACUCAAGCUUGAUGAACGAGGAUAAGAGAUGUCGCCCUAUUCUUUUUGAUUCUGAGAGAACAGAGGCUGGUGAUGAGAAACACAUUCAAUUAAGCAAUAUGCAUGCUCCUCAAGGUGGGAAAGUUGGGGACUCGCCUGAAAAUCCAGAAGGGAGCAAUCCAAACGGAACAUCAACUUAUCCGGAACUAGCUUGGAAGGAUAGUACUUGACUAAUGCAUGGCAAACAUGAGUGUGAAUACUAACGUGUCGAUAGGUAUCCAAGUGUACGAUAUGGUGAGUGUGGGAAAUUCAGUUAGAAAUUGUAUUGAAAGGGUGCAUCCACUUUUGAAACCCUGGAUGCACCAAAUUGUCACUGGUGUGGCCUGGCGUGUGCAGUUAAUGGAAAUAGGGAUUCCAGAUUCUGUGAUUUUGCAAUGAGAGAUAUCUAGUGGUUAGAGAAAUAAGUUUAAAGCGUCUGUCUAUCUGUUGGUCCGGACGAUGAUACUAGCUCUUCAUAACCAGACCUAGUUUAUAUUACAUGGUUUGGUUUAAAGGUUGUUGGAUGUGUGUUUGAUGCUGAGAACUGUACAGCUAAAUUUUCUUUAAACAGUCAAAUUUCAGCUCCCCUCA